AUGUAUCCCUGGGAUGACCAAGUUCAAAACAACACUGUGCCCCCAUGCCGUGUGGGGGAUUUCAUACUGACGUUUCCCUUCAACGAGGUAACUCUGAAAGCCUCUCAGAAGAAGCUCAACAUCAAGGUUGCCGUACAGGAAGUUCACAAACUCACCAGUCAGCUCUUGUCUUCCCGUGUUCAUAAAGGAAACACCACAUCGGACAUCAACAGGAUCCCAAAGUUCAUCAGUGAGGUGCGGUGUCUGAAGCAGGGCUGCAUCUGGCCCAACGGGUUGGAGGACCAGGGCCUUGCGUCUGUGCCCAUCCAGCUCGAAGUGCUGGUUCUGAAAAGGUCCGGCAGAGGUCAACGGAAAGGGAAACGGAGGUCUUCAACGAUAUUGUACAAGCCGAGUUACCAGGUCAUCACUGUGGGCUGCACGUGUGUCCGGCCCAUUGUUACCGAGAUGACGGACUGA